UGGUCCUAUCCGGUAUCCGUACAUGUUUAACACAGACGUGAUGGCUAACGUGAAGUGUCGCAGCGAAGGCCCUUCUAAAGAAGGAGCUUACAAUUCAGAUUGUAGACUCAACUUCGCUCUCUGAGCAGGUCCUCCUGGAAUCCCUCGUCUUUCAGGUAACUGUAGCUCACCUUUGGUCUCCAAAGCAACAGUCGCUCACCUUGGUAAGUUGUCUCGCCUCCAGCAGGACCAGAAGAGAAGGAAAGGAGUGUGAAAACUAAGACUGUCUCUUCCAGCAAGGCACGAUGGGAUAUGCCGAAAAAGCGUUCCGCUGCAGACAUCGAACCAGAAGAUGAGGCUAAAAGCAAGCCAGCAUCCUCUAAAAUGUUAAAAGCUGGGUUUAGUAUGAUGGCCCAAGUUCCGAAGAAGCCUGCCACUAUCUCCAUCAAGCUGGGAGCAAGUAAACCUAAAGAACCCACUCCUGUCUUACCUGCCAAGAAACCAGGACUCGCAUCUGUUUUCAAUGAAGACGAUGAUAGCGAGCCUGAGGAAAUGCCACCCGAGGCAAAGAUGAGGAUGAAAAAUAUUGGAAGGGAAACACCAACAUCAGCUGGACCCAAUUCCUUCAACAAAGGAAAACAGGGAUUCUCAGACCAUCAAAAACUUUGGGAGAGGAAACUUAAAUCCCACACAGAUCAGUAGAAGUGCUGGUUACAGUAGCUUUCCGUUUGGCAGAGAUUUUUGUCUUUUUGUCUCUUUGUUUGAUGAACUCUGUACAAAUGUAUAUAUGUAAUGAGUGUUUAUGCUAUACAGCAGCUUUUUAUUCUAGCCACUGUUUUAAAGACUGUGGUUAAAAAAGAAUAAUGCCUUUCUGUGUAAGGUGAAAUCUAGAAGAAAGAAAAAUAAGCAUCGUCUAUAUUACUGUUCAAUGCAAAUUCAACCAAAUGUGCCACACCGACACCCUUCAAUCAUUUAGUUUAGUUUGUCUUUAGAGAAGAAGUGUGGUGCAGUUGUGACAAAAAAAAAUACAAUGUAGGUUAUUAAGUCAAUAAUAAAUGAAAGCUGUGGUAUCA